AAUGAAAAGAUGUUGCGCUGUGGAGUUGGAGACAGAUGAGAAAUCACUGUCAGACGCUCCAAACGGGAAUAACAACGCUUUUAUUUGAAUAAAGACAGUUGCUUCAUCUAAUGUGGACGUUUUAGAGAAGAUGCAUACGACUCGCAGUCCAUCCGCAUCCAUCCAGACGGGAGCAACUGGAGACGUUCUGGACCUCAGCCUGACCGGCUCGCAGCUCACAAUGGGCCGCAGACCCAGCAGUGCUUCACCUGGAAAACACUUCUCUCGAUCCAUAUCUGUGUCUGUGGCCAGUGAUGGCCGGGGGAAGCGAAACACUUUGACUGAUGCUGGAUUGGGAAGCUCACGGGCAAUUAAGAACCUGCGUCGGUCUAACAGCACCACACAGGUGAACCAGCAGGCCAACACAAGCCCCAGUGAAGGCCACACAGAGGACUUCCUGGCUCUGUUCAACAGCAGCUCUGAUGGACGUAGAAAACUGGCCGGCCUCUCCAAGACGUCCAAAGACCGUACCACUUGGAACAUCCUGGAUGAUCAGCAGAGAGUGUUCCCUGUGCCCAGCAGCUCUCACAGUACCUGCAGUAUGGAUUCUCCUACAGGGCUGAAGAAGAGGGAAGCUGGCAUCUCUCUGGCUGCUAACUUCACUGCCAACAACAGGAGCAAUAAAGCAGCUGUGGGUAACUCUGUGACCACCAUCCUCCAUAACAACCACUCAGAGAAACCCCUCACUCCCAAGAGCUCCAAUCAGAAACCCUCCUUCAAUAACAUAAUCAAAGCCACCGUAAAUGAUGAUUCGACUCUGGAUGUGAGUGGUUCUCUUACUAAGUCUCAGAAGAAUUUCUCUUCUGCGUCAUCGAGCUCCAACAACAACGCCCCCCGUAGUCCCCGAAGCCCAGGUCAGCCACGCAGGCGAGAGGUGACCGAGGAGGAGGCCGAAAGGUAUAUUCAGCAAGUGAACCAUGCUGCUAUUAUCAUCCAGCGUUGGUUUCGUCGGCAUGCCAACAGAAAGCGAGCCAAUGAGAAUACAAUCAAACACCUCCUCGCAUCUAAAAAGAAGGAGAGGGAGCAGAGAGCAGAGGAGGAAAAAACCACUGAGACAUUGAAGAAGAAAGAAGAUGAUCGAAAACGCAUCAGGGAGGAGAAAGCUCGCCUGGCUCGGCAUACCGCCAUACAGGAGCUUCAGCAGAAAAGAGCCCAACGUGCUGCAGAGGUACGACAGAUCGCAGAGGAGGAGAUAGAGGCACUAAGACAUGCUGGGAAAUUUGGGCGUAAAAAACUCACCAAGAGUUCACCCACUUCUCCCACUGAUGUCAAGGCUAUGAACACAGAUUCUAAUGUAAAUAUGGUGCCUGAUCUGGAUGAUGUGACGAAUUUGAGGGCCGCGUCACCUGUUGGUUCUGUGUGCAGAGGAUCUCAGUGUUCACAGGAGAUCCUCCAGAGGUCUGUGAGCAUGGAGGACCAGCGGCAGGGUGCGUCAUCGAGUAGGACGCAGUCAAAAACCACUCUGAAUGACCUGCUAGACACAUUAAAGCUCUUAGAAGAGGAGCCAGAGAGACUGUCAGAGGCCAAGAGCUACAGGAAGGACAAGUAUGCGUGGAUUGACAAGGAUGGAGAUUCCAACUCCCUGACAACUGAUAACGUGGAACGGCACAGGCAGCUUAGUCAGACUCCAGUCCUUCCAGAUGGGGGCGCUCUGCUUUCAGAAGCUAAACUGCAGACCAUUAUGAGCUUCCUGGAUGAGAUGGAGAAGUCAGAGCAGGAAAGACCACGCUCGGUCACCUCUGGAUCACAUAGAGAGGUGGUGUUGUCUGAGGAAGAUCUAGCAGUUGUGGAACAAGCCUCAGCCACAGCUGCUGAGGUCACCGGCUCUAUGAUGAGACUCAAACUGGAGCUGGAUGAGAAAAAACGCACCGUCAAUAUGCUACAAACAGCGCUGGCCCAGCAGAGGGAGCUGACGAUCCGGCAUGUGAAGGAGACAGAGAAAGAGCUCAAUCAUACGUUGCAGUUACAGAAACAGCAGUAUGAAGCUACGAUACAGAGACACCUGACGUUUAUAGACCAGCUGAUUGAUGAUAAAAAGGCCCUAAGCGAAAAGUGUGAGGAAGUAGUUGGAGAACUCAAGCAGGUGGACGAGAAAUACACUAAGAAGAUCGCUCAGAUGCAGGAGCAACAUGAGCUGGUGUGGCAAAUUCUGGGUCCCAUGUGUGAGGAGAUUAAGAAGCUAAAAGAGUUAAUGAGUGCCACAGAAAAGAUCCGACGGGAGAAAUGGAUCGAUGAGAAGACCAAAAAGAUCAAGGAGAUCACGGUGAAAGGUCUGGAGCCAGAGAUUCAGAAGCUGAUCUCCAAACACAAGCAGGAGCUGAAGAAACUGAGAGUCCUUCACGAGGCAGAGCUGCUUCAGGCAGACGAGAGGGCCGCUCAGCGCUACGUCAGGCAGAGCGAGGAGUUACGGCAGCAGUUGGAGAGAGAAAGAGAUGAACAGUGCCAGAGAGAGAGAGAACUGGCUAAGCAAAGGUUUGAGAAACAGCUGCAGGAAGAGGAGAACGCGCUGCAGCAGCAGAGGAGGCGUCUGUAUAAGGAAGUGUCAGAGGAGAAAGAGCGAAUCACACAGCUGGCAGCCAGGCAGCAUACUGAGCUGGAAGACUUAAGGAAGCAGUUGGAAGACAACAGCUCAUUGGCAGGAAGAGCAUUAAGAGAAGAACUGGAGAAGAGCAGAGAUGAGCAGGAGAGACGUCACCAGGUUGAAGUUAAAGCCCUGAAGGAAAGGCUUGAAAUUGAGAAACAGACAUGGGAAGAAAAUUACAUGAAAAAAGAGGAAGCGUGGCUGCUGAGCAGAGAGAGGGAGCUUAAAGAGGAAGUGCGUCGAGGAAGAGACAAAGAGAUUGAGCUGGCCAUUCAGAGACUAGAGGAGGAGACCAGGGGGGCAAGAGAGGAGUGUGAGAGAGCAGCUGACAACAGGAUAAAGCGCGUGAGGGAGAAAUACGAGGCCGAGAUCAGAGAUCUGGAGCGUUCUGAGCGGACUGCACUGCAGAAACAGCAAGAAAUGAGAGAGAAACACAGUGAGAUGGAGGCUGAGCUCCUUCGACUCCAGUCACUGUUACGACAACGAGAGCAAGAGAUAAGCGACCUCACCCAGGCUCGUGAUAAGUUGUCGGAUGAGCGCCGCAGCCUUGCAGAAGUGAUCAGACAAGAGUUUGCCGAGCGCCUCGUAGAAACAGAGGAAGAGAAUAGGAGGAUGAAGAUGGAAAUCUCUGAAGCCAAAGCACGACUCCGCUUAGAGGUGGAGCGAGUGAGCAGAGAGAAAGAAGAGGAGCUUGCAGAAGUCCAUCAGAGAGUAAAGUCAGCGAUUUUGAAGAAGGAAGAGACUGUUAAUAACUUGCGGAAGCAGCAUGAGGCUGCGGUGAAGAGAGCAGAUCAUCUUGAAUCUUUGUUGGAACAGCAGAGAAAACAACUGUUAGGGAAAUGAUCGACAAGUUAGGGCAUUGACCCCCUCCCACCACCAUAACCCGUCCAUUCUGUUAUACCGUCCUUUUGCACAAAGAAACGUCCACCUGUCUUUAUUUUUUAUUUUAUUUUGCUUGUUUGGAAGAACUGAUGGAUUCUAGGUGGACAUUUUGGUUCCACCAGAUUUCUCAUCCAGAAAGGCUUGCCUUUGGCAUUCCCAUGGGAACAAUACAAGAAAUAAGAGGAAUUUAAUCUUCUCCGAGAUUCCAGGAGAGGCUUUUCUUGCACGGAUGUGACCAAAUUACAGAUUCCUUUCAGCCACUGGUUUCACACAGCCAGACAAAUUAACAAAAAAACAUUUUCGCACUAGAGUUUAGAUCUGUUAUGUUGUUGAAUCAUACAAAACCUCACCUCAUAAACUCAUGCAUAUUUCUCCUCAGAAUCAAAAUAUAUAACUGACAAAUUUCUUUAUUUUCAUAAAAAAAUUGGCUCAUUAAGCAAAAAAAAAAAAACUGUUUCAAAGCAAUAAUAUAUUAUUUACGUUUUAAAGUAUUUAUACAACAUGAUAUUUGUAUAACUUUAAUUUAUGCUUGUAUUAUAGUCAUUUUAUAAUAAUAUAGUAAAAAUGGAAAUCUGAUGGAACCCUAAAAAGUAACACAAUAAUGACGACUCACAUUGUGGCAAUGGAAAUGGUCCUAAAAAUGAGCUUUUCUAGCAUUUAUUAUUUUGAUUUGAGGGUAAAAUCUGCAUGCAUUUGUGAGAUUACCCAAGAAGUGGAAAAGCUCCUUUUGCUGGGCACAAAGGCAUUCACAGUAAACUGUUCCAGAUGUUUCUGUAACUUCAUACCCUCUUCCCGUCUCUCUCCAGCGCUAGAAUGGGUGGAGAUUACAGUGGACAGGAGAAGUGGGAAGAGCAAAGGCUUUGAUAUUGAGCAGAGAAGUUAACCCUUCACACUAAUGAGGAGAGACCUACCCCCGACCCCACUCCCCUGCCUUUUGUGUGUUGCAUACAUAUGCCUCUUGUCCCGAUCCCCCUAACACGGCUAUCUCUAAAUUACAGGAGAUUUCCCAGAAGCCCCCAGGACACCCAAACAUGCUUGCACAGAGCCCUCAGUGAAGCCCAGUUCUGGUUGGGAUGUCAGUGAAUGAUGGCAGCACAGCUAGGCGAUAGAGAUUUUCAAAGGUUUGUUGACAGUAAUGCAGUAAGUGGAAAAGAUAAGUAUGGAGUGUCACUUUAGAUUGAUAGGGACUGACAGGAGAUUUAGCGGCUCUCACGGGACAUAAAUGUGCAGUCAUUUUGCACAUACAGUACUGAAGUGAGAGACCUAGAUGAGGUUGAGUUGAGAUGGAUGUAGAAAGUUGGGUAGAUAGAAAGUUAAGAGUAUAAUUUGGGAAAGCAGAGCUGGGUCAUGGAACAAGAUGACUGUGGUUUGCCAAGAAGGAUGUUCCUGAAUCAACAUAGUCGUGGAAAUCCAGGAAAUGAUUUUGUUGUUCUGAUUGACUUGUUGUUGUUGUUCCUCCACUAAUGUAAUGUAAUGUUGAUCCCGGAACACUUCUCUCUUGGUGAAAUUACUUUGAGCCGGGGGAGACAUAGCAUGCCUGUGAUUCAUUCUGUGGUUUCAAGCACAACUAAAUGCCAAUCCUCCCAUCACAUUCUCUCUCUGCAAUAUUAAACGGUCAACCCAAAAGAGGAACUCGGAGCAGAAGUUGUGGUAGCAAUUUGGGGGGUGGUGCAGUCUCCAUUGUCUCUUUCUACAAGUUCCCUUCCAUUUUGUUUUGUUAGAAGCUGCUUAUCUAAAUCAUUUAGAGCCAGUAAAUAAAUCAUUGAUUGUUUGGACUAUUAUUAGCUAUUAUUAUCUAUUAACUAUUAUUAUCUACAAAACACAACCCUUGUCAGAGAAGUUGAUUUAUGCGAGUUAAAUUGCUUCUCAAAAGUUGAACUACAUGUGCUACAUGUAACUUCCUGUCCAAUGUUAGACAAUGCUUUCUUGCACCAUUGUUUGAUGGCUUUUUAUAUCAGAUUCUUACUGAUUUGAGAGCUGUUUAGUCAACGGAACCACAUGGAAAAGGUCAGACUGAAAAGUGCCUCAUUCCUGUUCUCUAAUGAGUGGAUCAGGUGUCUCAUUUGAGGACAGAGGGAAUGCCAGAGUAAGCUUAAACUGCAGAACCAUUGCACAAUACAGGAGGCUCUGUCAUGUGGCUCAAGCGUAAAUACUGAGAUGUCUCUGUGGCAUAAUUGUUGACAUCACACUUAAAUGUAUGUGUGCAUCCAAAGUCAUUUGGAUGCAAUUUAUUCGAACCCUUGUGUGAGGUUCAAAGCAUUAAAACAUUCUGAGAAUGUUUCAGAUGCGUUUGGUAAAGGUCAGAAGCAGAUUAGCAGCAGAUGCAGGUCCUUGGCUGACUUUCUGCUCUUUGAAUGGCAGCGUGGUUGGCAUGGCCAGUGCGUGUUAGUCCCACUCAUGCCAAUGAACCAUUCUUUUGUGUGUAGUGUUUAAUAGCCAAGCGCCGGUCGCCAUUUUCCUGGCCUUUUGUAACUGUGGACUGAAAAAAAAAACACUACUUUUAUUAUCUUAAUUAAUGUCUGGAUCAUUUCACGUUUAAACUACUCUCCCUCUUUGUGUUUUUAAAAUGUUUGUUUUUGCAUGUCUGAGUUUUAAAAUAAAUUAAAUGUAGCUUUUAAUUUGAUUCCUUUACACGCAUGCUGUAUUUUACUAUGCUGAGUUUAAUAGCUGUUUUUUUUUUUUUGUACGGUGAAGUAAUGAAUCUUGUCAGUAUGAAAAUAAAUCUUGAAAAUUA